AUGUCCGAAGGAGAAGGUGAGCAAAGCGACUUCUACGUCCGUUAUUAUGUUGGACAUAAAGGAAAAUUCGGUCACGAAUUUCUGGAAUUUGAAUUCCGCCCAAAUGGCCAACUUCGUUAUGCUAAUAACUCUAACUACAAGAAUGAUACUAUCAUCCGGAAGGAGUGCUAUGUGUCUCCAACUGUUAUGACCGAGCUUAAACGUAUUGUUGAAGAUUCGGAAAUUCUUCAGGAGGACGAUGCUAACUGGCCAGAACCAGACAAAGUUGGACGUCAAGAGUUGGAGAUCCUGUGCAACAAGGAACACAUCUCGUUCACCACCGGAAAAAUUGGAUCGUUGGCUGAUGUCAAUAACAGCAAGGAUGCCGACGGUCUUCGGGCUUUCUAUUAUCUCGUUCAAGAUUUGAAAUGCCUCGUCUUCUCUCUUAUCGGACUCCACUUCAAAAUUAAGCCAAUCUAA